UCAUCUGGGUCAUUUUUGAUCUAGGGUUUUAGGGCCUCUUGGGGAUUUUGUUGGGGUUUUGGGCAUCUGGGUUUUCGUUAAAACUUCGAUUACUUAUUGGGAUUCAAGAGAUUAGUGCUUAAAGUAGGUUUGUUUGGGGUUUGGAAUGGCUCGAUUGGUUCUGCCAUGCAAGAGCUCUGCUUUUGUGAGGACCAGUCUUUUGGGUUUGAUCUCAUCUGCUCCUUGUACCAGUCGUGUUAGAUUGUUGGGGAAUUCAGCCAAAAGGCUUUCCAGAUACAAGCGCUUUCUUACUUUGGAGGCCACGUGUUCAAGGAAUUAUCGCUUUCCAUAUACUGCAUUACCUAGGGACAAACAAGGGAGCAGGAGGCUAAUCUGUUCAGUUGCCACAGAAAGCUUGCCAGAUCAAGUUGACGAAUCCAAAAUGGCUGCACCAAAAGAAAUAUUUUUGAAGGAUUACAAAAUGCCUGACUACUACUUUGACUCGGUGGAUUUGGACUUUUCGCUGGGUGAGGAGAAAACAAUUGUUGGUUCAAAAAUGUGUGUCUUCCCCAGGGUUGAAGGGUCUUCUUCCCCAUUGGUUCUGGAUGGAACAGAUCUUAAAUUACUCUCAGUUCGGAUCAACGGCAAGGAUUUAAAGGAGGAGGAUUACAACUUGGAUUCACGCCAUUUGACACUAAAAUCACUACCUAGCGGUGCAUUUACUUUGGAAAUUUUAACAGAGAUGUAUCCCCAGAAGAACACAUCAUUAGAGGGACUUUACAAGUCAUCCGGGAAUUUCUGCACCCAGUGUGAAGCUGAGGGUUUUCGUAAAAUUACAUUCUUUCAGGACCGUCCUGAUAUAAUGGCAAAGUAUACAUGCCGCAUUGAAGCUGAUAAAUCGUUAUACCCAGUGUUGUUGUCCAAUGGAAAUCUCAGAGAGCAGGGAGACCUAGAGGGUAAUAGACAUUAUGCUCUUUGGGAGGAUCCCUUCAAGAAACCCUGCUACUUGUUUGCUUUGGUUGCUGGACAGCUCGAGAGCAGAGAUGACACAUUUAUUACUCGUUCAGGUCGAAAAGUGGCUUUGAGGAUUUGGACCCCUGCUCAAGAUGUUGCAAAAACAGCACAUGCCAUGUAUUCACUUAAGGCUGCUAUGAAAUGGGAUGAGGAUGUUUUUGGUCUCGAGUAUGAUCUGGAUCUCUUCAACAUUGUGGCCGUUCCAGAUUUUAACAUGGGAGCUAUGGAAAACAAGAGUUUGAAUAUAUUUAAUUCCAAACUUGUCUUGGCAUCUCCAGAAACUGCUUCCGAUGCAGACUAUGCAGCCAUCUUGGGUGUUAUUGGCCAUGAGUAUUUCCAUAACUGGACUGGCAACAGAGUGACAUGUCGUGAUUGGUUUCAACUUAGCCUGAAGGAGGGUCUAACUGUUUUCCGUGAUCAGGAAUUUUCAUCUGAUAUGGGGAGUCGCCCUGUAAAGCGGAUUUCUGAUGUUUCCAAACUUAGAAAUUAUCAGUUUCCACAGGAUGCUGGCCCCAUGGCUCAUCCCGUGCGGCCACAUUCUUACAUCAAGAUGGAUAACUUCUAUACAGUGACGGUGUAUGAAAAGGGAGCUGAAGUAGUCAGAAUGUACAAAACCUUACUUGGAAGUCAAGGUUUCCGAAAUGGCAUGGAUCUUUACUUCAAGAGACAUGAUGGACAAGCUGUAACCUGUGAAGACUUUUAUGCUGCCAUGCGAGAUGCUAAUAAUGCAGAUUUUGCUAAUUUCUUAUUAUGGUACUCCCAAGCUGGGACCCCAAUUGUUAAAGUUGCAUCCUCUUAUAAUGCUGAGGCCCGUACUUUUUCUUUGAAGUUUAGUCAAGAGGUGCCACCAACUCCAGGGCAACCCAUUAAAGAACCCAUGUUCAUUCCCGUGGCAGUAGGUUUACUCGACUCAACUGGCAAGGAGGUGCCUCUGUCCUCUGUGCAUCAUGAUGGGAUAGUGCAGUCUAUUGCUAACAAUGGUCAGCCAGUCUACACCACAGUUCUUAGAGUAACAAAGAAAGAAGAAGAGUUCAUCUUCUCUGAUGUAUCCGAACGACCGAUUCCAUCUCUGCUCCGGGGCUAUAGUGCACCUAUUCGUCUGGAAACCGAUCUCACAGAUAGUGAUCUCUUUUUACUCCUUGCUUAUGAUUCCGACAAAUUCAACCGCUGGGAGGCUGGACAAGUGCUGGCACGUAAGCUGAUGCUCAAUUUGGUUGCUGAUUUCCAACAAAACAAACCUUUGGUUUUGAAUCCGAAGUUUGUGCUUGGGCUCAGAAGCAUACUGUCUGACUUAAGCUUGGAUAAAGAAUUUGUGGCAAAGGCAAUAAGUCUCCCCGGUGAAGGAGAAAUAAUGGACAUGAUGGAAGUUGCAGAUCCUGAUGCUGUUCAUGCUGUUCGUUCUUUUAUCAGGAAGCAGCUAGCCCAUGAACUGAAAGCAGAGCUUCUGAGCACAGUUGAAAACAACAGGAGCUCAGAAGAGUAUGUGUUUGACCACCCCAAUUUGUCCAGGCGUGCUCUUAAGAAUAUUGCUCUUGCAUAUCUUGCAUCGCUCGAGGAUUCAAAGUGUACUGAGCUUGUGCUAAAUGAGUACAAGACUGCCACAAACAUGACUGAGCAGUUUGCAGCUUUGGCAGCCUUAGCACAAAACCCUGGUAAAACUCGUGAUGAUAUUCUGGCCGACUUCUAUAGCAAAUGGAAGGAGGACUAUUUGGUUGUGAAUAAAUGGUUUCAACUUCAAGCCAUGUCAAACAUUCCUGGCAAUGUUGAGAAUGUGCGGAACCUCUUAAGCCACCCAGCAUUUGACUUGCGCAAUCCAAACAAGGUGUACUCACUCAUUGGAGGUUUCUGUGGCUCUCCUGUUAAUUUCCAUGCAAAGGAUGGGUCAGGCUACAAGUUUUUGGGAGAAAUUGUGAUGCAAUUAGAUAAAAUGAACCCUCAGGUGGCCUCCCGCAUGGUGUCAGCCUUCUCCAGGUGGAGGCGCUAUGAUGAAACCCGGCAAAACCUUGCCAAAGCACAACUGCAGAAGAUAUUGUCUGCCAAUGGACUGUCAGAAAACGUGUUUGAGAUCGCGUCCAAGAGUUUGGCCGCUUAGUUUUUGGGUAAUUUGGAAGAGGAACUGCAUAUGCAUUUGUAUCACUCUCUUGUAAUAUAGAGAAAUAAUCAUCUGUUGGCUUGUUAUGCAGGAGGACAAGUCUAUUUUAGAAUUGCUUGUUCACUGUUGUUAUGCGUUGCACUUGUGAAGUUCAAAUUAUGUUAAUGGUUAUUGGGGUUGCUUUUA